UGACUGGUCUAGGCUGAAAGGGUUGCGGGUCCCUCAGACACGUGGCCUCCACGUGGGCCCCACGUGUCUGGCGCUGGAUCGUUAUGCAUCUUCGCGUUGGAACAUGAAAUGUCGCGAAAUGUCCUGGGUCUUAUGGCCAGGGAGAAGCGUUACACCGGGGAGGAGGGAGGAUUUGAUCUGACAGUGAAACCAUGUGCAAGCACAUCCUCAACGCCCAGGUGUCCAUCCGAGCACCCUGCUGCAAGAAAUUCUUUGAUUGUCCCGAAUGUCACGCCGAGAAAUCUGAUCAUCCUCUCGCCAAGACCACCGAGAUGGCCUUUAUAUGUAAGAAGUGCCGUAAAGCGUUUAGAAAAGAUAUGGAGGUAUUCGAAGAGUCAGACGAAUUUUGUCCAUGGUGCGAUAAUCACUUUGUCAUCGAAGCUAAAGAGGCAAAACCGAUGAUAGGCGUUGAAGGAGAAGAUGCGAGGAUAGAUUCGAGGAUGAUCAAAGACGACAGAGUCAAAGGCCAAGCAGAGAAGAGUCUAUGGAACAGGACAGACGAGGCGGACAAACUGGAUAGCAGGCAGCAAUACCAAGAGCAAUUCAGAUAGAUGCUCUCGGGCUUCCCUCCAUUUGUCAUGUAUAAUCGUGUUGCUCCCCCGGAUGGAAUGAAC